AUGCUCUACAACACAUUUUGCAAACCUGAGAUUGAUCAAGAAGGAAUCAAUCCUUUUAUUCCAAGCUUUAGGAGCUUGUCUCAAUCCGUAAAGAGUUUUCUGCAGUCUGUAAACUUGAUGUUCUUUACCCUUUUCAACAAAUCCAGGAGGUUGAUUGGUGGCAGAAUCGUAAUAAAAGCCUUGACAUUCCAUGGUUUUCACGGAGCAAAGCCAGAAGAAAGGAAACUAGGCCAUAAGUUCGUGGUAGAUAUAGAUGCUUGGAUGGAUCUCGCAACUGCUGGCAAAAUUGGUCAUUUAUCUAAUACAGUUAGUUACACAACAAUAUAUAAUAUAGUUAAGGAAGUUCUCGAAGGGUCACCUCACAACCUUUUGGAAUCAGUGGCCCAAAAAAUUGCAAUAACUACUCUGACAAAUCAUAAAGAAACUUUUGUUGUUCGAGUGAAGGUUGAAAAGCCUCAUGUGGCAGUUCAAGGUCCAGUUGAUUACUUAGGCAUUGAGAUUCAUAAACGGAGAAGCAAUUUGCCAGGCUAA